GCCACGCGCCUGGAGCUGCAGACGCGCAGGAAGUUCUGGAGAAGAAGAGAGAAAGCUGAGGAGCAAUGAGGGAAAUAGUUCACAUCCAGGCGGGUCAGUGCGGGAACCAGAUCGGAACCAAGUUCUGGGAGGAGAUCAGUGACGAACACGGCAUCGAUGCUGCUGGAAGCUACGUGGGCGACUCGGCGCUGCAGCUGGACAGGAUCAACGUCUACUACAACGAGGCGUCCUCGCAUAAAUACGUCCCCCGGGCGGUGCUGGUGGACCUGGAGCCAGGAACCAUGGACAGUGUUCGCUCCGGUGCCUUCGGCCAGCUCUUCAGACCAGACAACUUCAUCUUCGGUCAGACAGGUGCUGGCAACAACUGGGCCAAAGGCCACUACACGGAGGGGGCGGAGCUUAUGGACUCGGUGCUGGACGUGGUGAGGAAGGAGUGUGAGCACUGCGACUGUCUGCAGGGCUUCCAGUUGACGCACUCGUUGGGAGGGGGGACGGGUUCUGGAAUGGGGACCCUGCUGAUCAGUAAGAUCCGGGAGGAGUAUCCCGACCGCAUCAUGAACACCUUCAGCGUAAUGCCCUCUCCUAAGGUUUCUGAUACGGUGGUGGAGCCGUACAACGCCACCCUCUCCGUCCACCAGCUGGUGGAGAACACCGAUGAGACCUACUGCAUCGACAACGAGGCGCUGUACGACAUCUGCUUCCGCACGCUGAAGCUCACCACCCCCACCUACGGCGACCUCAACCACCUGGUGUCGGCCACCAUGAGCGGCGUCACCACCUCGCUGCGUUUCCCCGGCCAGCUCAACGCAGACCUGCGCAAGCUGGCCGUCAACAUGGUGCCCUUCCCCAGGCUGCACUUCUUCAUGCCGGGCUUCGCCCCUCUGACGGCGCGGGGCAGCCAGCAGUACCGCGCCCUCACCGUUCCCGAGCUCACCCAGCAGAUGUUCGACGCCCGCAACAUGAUGGCGGCGUGCGACCCGCGCCACGGCCGCUACCUGACGGUGGCCGCCGUCUUCCGCGGGCCCAUGUCCAUGAAGGAGGUGGACGAGCAGAUGCUGAACAUCCAGAACAAGAACAGCAGCUACUUCGUGGAGUGGAUCCCCAACAACGUGAAGGUGGCCGUGUGCGACAUCGCCCCCCGCGGGCUCAAGAUGGCCGCCACCUUCAUCGGAAACAGCACGGCCAUCCAGGAGCUCUUCAAGCGCAUCUCGGAGCAGUUCUCGGCCAUGUUCCGGCGGAAGGCCUUCCUGCACUGGUUCACGGGAGAAGGCAUGGACGAGAUGGAGUUCACGGAGGCGGAGAGCAACAUGAACGACCUGGUGUCCGAGUACCAGCAGUACCAGGAGGCCACGGCCAACGACGGCGACGACAACUUUGAGGACGAGGAUGAAGUCGACGAGUAAGGACACGAAAAGCCAGAACUGCUGCUGGAGUGAAAUGUUCAUGUUAGUCUUUGAUGAUUUCAGUGAGUUAAGACCGCCUUUCAGAAUAAAACCAUUUCCACCUGUGA